AUGAUCUCCACUCUCAAAACAUAUUUCGGUUUCUCAAAUUUCCGGCCGUACCAGAAAGCAAUAGUUGAGAACAUUCUGCGAGGAAAAGACUGUUUAGUGGUCAUGACCACUGGAAGUGGCAAGUCUCUGAGCUAUCAGGUGCCACCAUUGAUUACAAGAAAGACCGCUGUGGUCAUAAGCCCACUUAUAUCGUUAAUGCAAGACCAGGUAAUGGCGUUGAAACAAAGGGGUAUACGUGCCGAAAAUCUUUCUAGUGCUCAGUCUGAUUCUAAUGUGUAUGCAAAUGCUGAACGUGGUCGGUACGAUAUUUUGUACAUGACCCCAGAGAAGGCAUGCCUGCUAGGUGCCAGUUUCUGGUCAAGAUUACUGGAUUCAGGAGUUUGCCUAUUAGCUGUUGAUGAAGCACAUUGCAUAUCAGAGUGGGGUCACAACUUCAGGGUGGAAUAUAAGCAAUUAGACAAACUGCGCGAUGUUCUCUUAGAUGUGCCAUUUGUUGGACUGACAGCAACUGCGACACAGAAGGUUCGUGAUGACAUUAUAAAGUCGUUGAAGAUGAAUUCUCCGCAUGUAACCAUUGGUUCAUUCGAUCGCCCGAACCUCUUCUACAGUGUCAAAAGUUUUGAUCGGGGUAAUGCUUUUAUGAACGAGCUAGUGAAAGAAAUAUCUACAUGUAUCGACAAAGGAGGUUCAACCAUUGUAUACUGUACAACUGUCAAAGAUGUUGAAGAGAUUUUUAGGUCCCUCAAGGAAGCAGGAAUUGAGGCUGGAAUGUACCAUGGUCAAAUGUCAAAUAAAGCCCGCGAGGACUCCCACAGAUCAUUCAGCAGAGACGACUUAUAUGUCAUGGUUGCAACUAUAGCUUUUGGCAUGGGCAUUGACAAGUCUAAUAUAAGACAUGUGAUACACUACGGAUGCCCAAAGAGCUUGGAAUCAUAUUAUCAGGAAAGUGGACGUUGUGGCAGAGACGGGAUUCCUUCAUUCUGCCAGCUAUAUUACACGAGAAGUGACUUUGCAAAGGCUGACUUCUACUGUGCAGACGCACAAACACCGGAUCAAAGAAAAGCAAUAAUGGAGUCAUUUGCGGCUGCACAAAGGUAUUGUAUGCUGACAACUUGCAGAAGAAAGUUUUUGCUGGAAUACUUUGGAGAGAAAUACUCAUCUGAUAGCUGCGGAACAUGUGAUAAUUGCACCAACUCAAAGAAAGAGAGUGACUUGUCCAGAGAGGCGUUCCUUCUAAUGGCUUGUAUUCAAUUAUGUGGGGGACACUGGGGUCUCAAUUUGCCUGUAGCUGUUCUUCGUGGAUCUAGAUCCAAGAAAAUUGUUGAUGCUAAUUUGGAUAAAAUUCCAUUUCACGGACAUGGUAAAGACAUGCCAGCUAAUUGGUGGAAGGCACUAGCUUAUCAGUUAAUUUCUCAAGUUCCUGUGCAAACAAAUACUGAACGAGACAUUUGUUCUUUGUGUACCAGAGUUGGUCCAAAAGGGAUGAAAUUUUUGAAUUCCUGCAGUCCUGAUUAUCAACCUCCUUUAUAUCUGAUCCUGACUCCAGAACUUGAGAUUGACAAUACAAGCAAAGAUGCAGUCGGCUAUAGAAUUGUCAAUGGUUUGCCACAGGCUGAAUCUUAUGGAUUAUCUAAGGCUGAGGAUCAGCUUUACAAAUUGCUUGUUGAAGAGAGAAGGAAGCUUGCGAGAAACCAUGGAACUGCUCCGUGA